AUGCCUGUGAGCGCCAGAGGGACCAUACUGCAGAAGGUUGUUGCGCAAAUUGAGCCUGUAUACUUGGCUGAUGCUGUCUUCACGACUCACUUUCUUGCCGGAGUUAUGGUUCGACGCGCUACGGAGCGGAACACCGGGAGAGAAGUCGCAGUGAAGCGCAUCUCCUGUGUGAACUUGUCCGAGCAGCGCCGCCAGAUGCUGGUCUCGGAAGUGGGCAUCUUCUUGCAGGUGCACCAUCAGAACAUCGUGAAGUUGCUGGAGGUCUAUGAGUCAGAAGUCGGUUGGGAGGAUGCUGGGACCGUAGCAAAUUAA